AUGACGCUCCGAUUCGAACGAUUUCGCUUCUUUCCGGAGAGUGGAAAAACUAUUACUUUGUUUCUUGGUGCUCUUCUUGGUAUUGUUCUCUGUUUUGUAGAUCUUCACAAUCCAAAAGAAUCCAAAUUCUUUUGGACAAGCUUCUGGAUCUCUUUUCUUUUCGAUGUAAUCACAAUUUUGAUUCUAUUGAAAGACUGGGAUGAGAAUGUCGACUGGCUACGGAAAGCUCCUUAUUCGGUAUACCACUCGCUUGGUUCUUUGUUGAUCAGUUUUCUGGUUUUCAUGGCUGGAAUCAUGUUCAUGUCAAGUGAAUCUCAUUCAGGAGAUGGAGUGUUGUAUGUUGCCGCGUCCAUUUUUCUUCCAGCUGUAAACAUGCCACUGAAUGUGUCUCGGUUCAAGAAAAUUCCAGAACUUGUGAAGGUUAUGUCAUUGCUAACUUCGCUAUCUCUCCUCGUCUAUCUCGGAACCAUCAAAUUCAGACCUCCAGGAAUGUCUGUAAUUUGGUUCACAAUCGGAUGCUCUAUCGUAUUCGACAUAUGCACAAUUGCCGUUUUACUCAAAGAAUACGAUGUUUCUGUUAUGGCAAUCCGAAUGUUACCGUAUGCUGCUAUUGAAUGUGUUGGAUCAAUUCUCGGUUUAAUCUUCUACGUCAUCUCAAUGGCCAUCUCCAUCAGUAGUGAGGAAGUGACAGAUGAUUUCGGAUUUAUGGUUGUUGCUGUCAUUUGUUUCAUAAGUGCACUGAUCCACGUGUCCAAUCUCGUUGUGAAUAUUCGAAGAUGGAAUAAUGGAUCUCAUCAUUUGAAUCCGUCUGGUGUGUACGAGUAUUCAAACUAUGGAUCCGAAGCUUAA